AUGGUGUAUUGUGACCCAGGGACAUGGCCAUCUGCAUUGGCAUUGCAGGAACCCCCUGGAGGAUCACCCUGGGUCACAGCAAUAGGAGUCCACCCCAAAAAGGCCCAGCAGCUGGACGAUAGUUCGUUCGACAAGAUGGAACGGCUGCUGGGGUUGCCUGGGGUAAGGGCCAUUGGAGAAGUUGGGUUGGACCAGAGCCAGCGGGACCCACCUCUUAAAAGGCAGGUUAGCACCCUAAGGUGGGUCCUAAAUUUGUGCAAGGGAAGGCCAGAGGUUCCCCUCAUUCUCCAUAUUAGAGGGGCUCCCGAGGAUCGCCAUAGUGCGGAGGCGCACCUGAAAGCCCUAACCAUAGUCCGGGAGAGGGUGGACCCUCAGCAGAGGAUCCAUCUCCAUUGCUUUGAUGGGGGCAGGCAGGAAGCGAGGCGUUGGAGGGAUGCCUUCCCCAAUGUCUAUUUUGGGUAUACGGGGGAGGUAAUCCGGUUUGACCAGGAACAAGGGCAAGUGGUGUCGUCCCUCCCCCUAGACAGGAUACUACUGGAGAGUGAUGCCCCCUAUUUCAGGCCAUCAUGGGUGCCCAAUCACAGCUAUGGGCAUCCCCAGUAUAUUGCCGAGGUGGCAAUGGGACUUUUGGCCUUUAGGUCGGGGGACACCCUUUGGGCAUUGCUGGAGGCCAUCACCAGCAAUGCACGAGUUCUGUAUAGGGUGUAG